AGCUCCGCCUGGGGAAGCUUGGGAAGCGCGUGACAUCCGACCAGACCCGAGUAAACCCGAGCAGUGAUAAAUACUGACCGAGCCACGGAGCCGGUUGCUCCCGUGCACUCACUCCCCGUCUGUGUCUGUUACUCCCGAGGAUAUCCAAGGAGUCACCUGUCUGUGUCUAAGAUGGAAACCAGACAACAAGAACUGUACUCUAGUGUUCUGAGCGAAGAAGCAGUGGUGGACUGGGGCAGCGUGGGUCCCGGAGAGGAGUGGGUUAACUCAGCCACACAGGAGGGCGAGCAGGGUUUUCUGGACUCUGAGCCACUGAAAGAGGCCGAUGAAGAUUUGGUGUCAGAGGUCAACUUGAAUAACUCCAUCAUGACGGAGGAGGAGAGAGAAGAGGCUCAGCAAGAACUGGCCAAACUGGAAGAGGAGAUCAGUACCCUGAGGCAGGUUCUGGCGUCCAAAGAGAAGCAGCACGCAGAGCUCAAACAGAAGCUGGGCAUCAGUCCUCUGAGCGAGCUCAGGACCAACUUCACCAGAGGCUGGCACGACAUGCAGUGCUCCUCGGCAUACAGGAAGACGUCAGAGACGUUUUCCACAGCAGGACAGAAGACCUCGGCUGCCUUCAGCACCUUCGGCACCACCAUCACCAAGAAGUUUGGAGACAUGAGUGUAUUAUCUUCGGUGUAUUCCAGCAUGGUUGGUCUAGAGUUAUUGUUCCCGCGGAGGUCCAACUCUAUAGGCUACUCUAUCAAACAGUCUAUGAGCAUGCCCACCAUGAGAAACUCACCCAGCUUCAAGUCUUUUGAGGAGAAAGUUGAAAACACAGUGUCGACUAUUAAGACAAAGGUCGGUGGCACAGGGGCCGGAGGCAGCUUUGAAGAAGUCCUCUCAUCCGCAGCCAACGCCAGCUCUCAGGACACGCCCACCAACAACCUGACAGACAGCUCAGAGAGGCAGUGCUAGAGCUGCAUCCCAAACCAUGAGGCGGGACUAACAAACCAGGCGCUGUAUCACUGAUAUAUCACAGCACUUUGUCACAUAUCCACUAAAAGCUCUGGCUGAAAAGGAUCAUUGUAUUUGAAGACCAUUAGGCAAAAAAGUCUGAUGAUAUUAAAGGAGGAUGAGCAGAUUCCAAAACAACAUCAGGAGGCAGAGCAACCAAAAUCCAGAGAUGAGAGGAGAAAGUAUUUGAGCUGUAUUUAAAAAGUGAUCUGAUCUUCAUCUAAGUCAAAUGCAGAUAUCUCCAGAGGGUUCACUUACUUUCUCCUGCCUCGGUUGAUCUUUAUUCUGUCACUGAGCUUCGUGUGUUUGUUCCUCUGUUGGUGUCAAAUCGCAGCUAGAACCUCAGCUACAGAACCUUCAUCCCUGUUUGUGCUUUGGAAAAUCCAUCCAAAGUGGAAACAGUCACACUUGACUGAUGACAGUGCUGCUCCACUAUAUAACUACCACUCUUCAAUUGUUUAACAAGAUAUACAAAACUACAGUUUAGGAUUUUAUUAGAAAUAUGUGUUUGAUUUAAAAGCUAAGUACUUUUGAAACAAAAUGUAUAUAACACCAACUGAUUGAUUUUACACUAAGACAAGAUAUGUGUUCCUGCAGGGAAUCUGCAGAUUUUAAAAGUCUUAAAAAGCAUGGAAUUCAUUUUAUAUUUCUUCUUCAAAAAGGCCUUAGAGGGUAUUCAAGAGUUUUUUAGUUUUUCCCGUCCAUUAGUCCAAAACUCAUUUACUGCUGUACAUGACCAGAAACACCAAAUACAAAAUCACUUUGUAGCUAAAACCAGCAAAUGUUUGACAUUAUUGCUUUAAGAUUUGAUCACAACACCUAAAGAUCUUUUGUAAAUUGCAGUCAAAUAACUUGUUCAAUGUAAAACACGUUUGCUGGAGCCCGUUUUAAUGCUGGAUCAUACCAAUGAAUGAUAUAUACUCAGUUAAUUCAAACUACAGGAAGUUUUUAUAAGAGGCAACGAGACACUAUAUUUCACUACACACGACACACGUGCUGUGAAAUAUGGACACACGUUACCUUUUGUUUAUGAAUAAAUGUAAUGAUGUCGUGAAGUUUUGGUUUUUAAUGACUAACAAAAAAUUAUCUGCUAAAUCAAGAAUGAUGAAAUCUGAUGCUGGAUUUUCUGCAAACAAUUUAGCUCUAAGACAGCUGUGACUGAGGAUAUGUAAUACGAACUAGAGAACUUUGAGUCAGUAUAGAAUGGUGUAGCUGUAUUUGAACUGAACGUUCUAAAAAAUAUAUGUUUAUGUCACCUGCUGCUGAUUCACAGGAUAUACAUGUAUUGUACAUGUACUGAGUAUCAGACUGUAACACAACCAGUCACUGUAACGUGACCCUGAAACCCAGCACACGUCGUAACCUACACCAGCUCAGAUCUGAGUUUGAGCACAACUAACCCGUUUAAAGCUGAAAGAGUGUUUCGUUUCUACCGUCACUAUGAGAAGGUUGACACCACCAAAGAUAAAGUAAAUAUGAUCAUGUCUCUUUUUUAAUAAAUACUGUCUUUCAUGUGUUAAGGUGAUAAAAAGCCCUGGAUCAUUUCAGUCCGUCCAUGAAACUUUAGGUCAAUAUUUACAGAACAUAACUUAUGUGAUGCAAGAAAAGGUUGUGAGGUCUGAUUUAUUAUCAUUGAACAUAUAAAACCCAGUUUAUGUUAUAUAUUUGUAUGUUAACCAUGGCUUGAAAUCAAAUUGUACUCAGAUCUUAAAAAGAAAAGCUUGUACUAAAACUCCCAAAGACAUAAACUGUGACAUUGACUUAUAACAUCCUUGUGUUUAACAUAUUCAGUUGUAUUCAUACAUUUAAUUACACACUGUGUUAAAUAACUGUUUUUAUGUCUGAUAAUAAAAAUCACUUAAACCAAAAA